UCUCCCACGAGAUAAACAGUUACAUUAUAUUGAGUUUCCUACCACUUUUGUAAUUGAUUGCAUGAAAAAACUCUAAUGCUUUGUAGGAUUCCUGGUGUUUGUCCACAACUAAUGCACUCCCAGUUUUCUGAAGUCAGAAAUCACAUGUUUUUGUCUUUGCCUGUUGCAAUUCCCAAUUGAUUUUCUGGGAAUGUGUCUGCUAUAGUUGUUCACCUGUAAAUACGGCAUGAUGCUAGGCUAUUUGUCUGACGUCUACAGAGAGACUGACUGGCUUAACAAGAGAAUCCCUGCUCUGGGUUGUGAUAAGAGAGACGACACGCUCAGCACUGCUACUCAAGGCGCCAGAGGGCUAAACAAAAGCAACCGUGUGUUUUACGUUAUUAGCUCAGGAUCUAUCAAAGUCUACUCAAGCUGUUUCCAGCUAUGUAACGCCUUCCGUCACAACAUGGAGAUCGACCAGUGUCUGCUGGAGUCUCUGCCCAUCGGACAGCGCCAGCGGGUGGUCAGGAGGAUGCGCUGUGACCAAAUACGGGCGUAUUACGAGAGGGAAAAGGGCCCCCAGCAACGUCAGCAGGGUGGCGUCAAAGUCAGAAGAGUUCCAUCCGGCCACCGUGAAAAACAACACGUCCGCUUCGGUUUGGCCGACAACUUACAGGACGCCCUCAUUCGCCAUGACGAUAAAGAAGUGUUGCGUCUCCUAAACGAGGGAGCUGACCCCUACGCUCACAUUUCCUCUGGAGGCUCAUUACUCCACCUGUGCGCUCGCCACGACAACGUGUUCGCGGCGGAGGUGCUGCUGGAGCGAGGCCUGAGCGUCAAUCUGCAGGACGAAGACCUGUGGACAGCUCUGCAUGUGGCAUGUGUGUGCGACCACGUCGACAUGGUGCUGCUUUUGCUUCUGGCCGGGGUUGAUGUGCUCCUGCAGGACGUCGACGGGCACAUUCCUUCGGACUACGCCUCAGAGGGAACCGAGAGCAGUUAUAUUCUCCGAAAACACCUGGAGGAAAAUGGUGUGGAUGUGUCAUCAAUCCACACCGUGAGGUCGCAGAGAUCCAACAUCAUGUUGUCUGAUGUGAAGCAGCUUGUGGCCGCGGGGGCCGAUCUCAAUCAACCCAAUGACGAUGGAGUCACCUUGCUUCACAUAGCAUGCGCUAGUGGCUAUCGGGACGUGGUGGCCGUGCUGUUGGACAACGGGGCCGACCCUCAUCCUGUGGCCAACAACUUUUGGAGCCCUCUUCACUUGGCUGCUAAAUAUGGACAGACAAGCAUUGUUGGUCAACUGCUGAGGCAUGGCGCCAGCCCGGUGCUGUUAAACUGCAACCAAGAAAAGCCCUCUGAUAUUGCUGCAUCAGAGCACAUAGCUGACUUGCUUUUGAAUGGAGAGACCAUUUGGCUGCAGAGGCUGAAGGACCCUUCCACUCCUUUGCUCUCCACGGACCAACGUGAUGACACCGGAUCAAAUGACUUCAGUACCCCGGUCAAGAAACUGAACCAUUUUAGGCUCCCCAUCGCAAAAAGGGACAACCUCCUGGAAAAGUGGGCGAUGUUCCGAGAGGGGAGCGGGGGCCUCAGUCGGCAGCCAUCGCUGGAUAACGUCCUGGACGGCCCCUUCAGCUCAGGAACAAGCAAACUGGAGCAGGUGAAGCUGAUGCCUCCAGCCCCCAAUGAUGACCUGGCGUCUCUCAGCGAGUUGACGGACAGCAGCCUCCUCUACGAGAUGCAGAAGCGUUUCGGCAAUGAUCAAAUUUACACUUAUAUUGGACACAUUCUUUUGUUGGUCAACCCAAACAAAGAGCUGCCCAUCUACUCCACUUUGGUGAGUCAACUGUACCUGAGCUCCACAGGUCGCUUAUGCUCCUCACUACCCCCUCACAUCUUCUCCUCGGCGGAGAGAGCGUACCACAUGAUGCUCCAGGAGAGACGACCGCAGUGUUUCAUUCUGAGCGGUGAAAGUGGUUCAGGAAAAACAGAAGCCUGCAAACACAUCGUGCGACACCUGACGGCCAGAUCCAGCCCUAAAGGCUUUGCGCUGGAAUCCAGAAUGAAACAUGUAAACCGUCUUCUGGAGGCUUUUGGUCACGCAAAGACGCAGAAGAACAAUAACUCCAGUCGCUUUAUCAAACUGCUGACCGUCCAGUACUGUGGCAAGAGGAAGACACUGCUCAGAGCCCGUGUGUCCACUUACAUGCUGGAGAAGACCCGUGUGGUCCAGUUGCCUCCUCACCAGCGCAGCUUCAGCAUCUUCUACCUGAUGGCUGAGGGCCUGUCACCCGAAGAGAAGAGUGCACUUUACCUCAACAACAUCUUGGCUCAUAGGUGUCUUAGUGAAGGGCUUCCAAUGGGGAAUCUUCCUUUGGAUGCAGCCUCGUCAGAGGGCAGGGAGCGCCUCAGUGGUGUUAAGCAAGCCUUUCAAGCAGUGGGCUUUAACAAGCGGGUAUUUACUUUUACUCACAUGUGUGUCCUUUGAAGCGGUUUUUGUCCAUGGUAUUCACACACAAAUCCAAAUUUUCAGGUUCUGGUUCACCCCCUAAAAACAUGAUGGCAACUUCUACUUUUCCUCAUUCUUAUACUUAAAC